GGGGCCCAGAGCUAACGCCUCCUCCCAAACUUAGACGAGCGUUUGACAGGAGUGGUUACCGAUGGCACUCGCCCCUAGGGGGCGGAGUCGAGGCACCCUCCCGGUUGGGUCCUUCGGGGCGAAGGGGCGGAGCUUGUUGGAAGUGAUCCUGAGAUGCCUCAGCGCGCAUGUCCCGCACUGGAAGCAGAGGCGGUUCCUCCCUGGGUGAGUGGGUAAGUGGGCUAUUCCCUUUGACGCGGAGGUGGAGUUAUGAUGCAUGACUGAGCGUUCCCGCCCCCUCAGUGGGGGGGCGUGGUCCUGGGAAUAAAGCGUGCUUGGGGCGGGAGGAGGCGGGGCCUAUGAGAUGUGGGCGUGGCUCUCUGGGGGCGGAACCGUAACGAAGGGCUCUGAGCUGCCAUGCUCCUCGCGGUCUGAACUGGUUGCGCAGGCGGUUCACGCAGAGGGGGCGUGGCUUCGUAGGAGAUGAAGCGCCUACUUGGGGCGGGGCGAGAACGGCCUCUGAAAAAUCGGGCGGGGCCAUGAUGGAGGUACUGAUGGACCCCUCCCCUUUACGGUCAAGCCGGACCGCGUCGGGGGUGUGUGGCCCCGCUGGAGGCGAGGCGCAUGCUUAGGGAGGGGCGGGAGGAGGCGGGUCGCACGUGGGAGGCGGGGUCUAGAGGGCGGGACUCGCUUGGCUGGGCGGGGCCGAGCCGGGCAGACUGUUGGGGCCCCGCGUCCCGCUCCCAUGGCCGGCCACGGCUCCCCGCGCUUCCCCUGUUCCCCCGGGCCGCGCCCCGGGGCCCCGCACUGACCGGUCCAUGGCGCCGCCCGCCGCCCGCCUCGCCCUCCUCUCUGCCGCGCUGGCGUUGGCCGCCCGCCCCGGACCCGAACCCGGCCUCGGACCCGGAACCGGACCCGGACCCGGACCCAGACCGGCGCCCGAGUGUUUCACAGUCAAUGGAGUCGACUACAGGGGCAGGCAGAACUGGACAGCGCUGCAUGGAGGGAAGACCUGCCUCUUCUGGAACGAGACCUUCCAGCACCCGUACAACACUCUGAAGUACCCCCAUGGAGAAGGAGGCCUGGGAGAACACAACUACUGCAGGAACCCGGAUGGAGACGUGAGCCCCUGGUGCUACGUGGCCGAGCACGAGGACGGCGUCUACUGGAAAUACUGCGAGAUUCCGGCUUGUCAGAUGCCCGGAAAUCUUGGCUGCUACAGAGACCACGGGAACCCCCCUCCCCUGACUGGGACCAGUAAAACAUCCAACAAGCUGACGAUCCAGAACUGCAUCAGCUUCUGCCGCGGGCAGAAGUUCAAGUUCGCUGGGAUGGAAUCCGGUUACGCUUGUUUCUGCGGCAACAAUCCCGACUACUGGAAGUACGGGGAGACGGCCAGCACGGAGUGCAACAGCGUCUGCUUCGGGGACCACACCCAGCCCUGCGGCGGGGACGGCCGGAUCAUCCUCUUCGACACGCUCGUCGGAGCCUGUGGGGGCAACUACAGCGCCGCGUCCUCGGUCAUCUACUCCCCGGAUUUCCCCGACGCGUACGCCACAGGCCGGAUCUGCUACUGGACCAUCCGCGUCGCCGGGGCCUCCCGCCUCCUCUUCAACUUCACCCUUUUCGACAUCAGGGACUCGGCAGACAUGGUGGAACUGCUGGAUGGCUACACCCACCGCGUCCUGGCGAGGUUCAGCGGCCGCAGCCGCCCCCCGCCCUCCUUUAACAUCUCCCUGGAUUUUGUCAUUUUGUACUUCUUCUCUGACCGGAUCAACCAGGCCCAGGGCUUUGCCCUCUUGUACCAGGCUCUCAAGGAGGAGCCGCCCCAGGCGGGGCCCACCCUGAACCAGACGGCGGCCGAGGUGAUCACGGAGCAGACCAACCUGAGCCUCAGCGCCGCCCGGGCUUCCAAGGUCCUCUACGUCAUCACCACCAGCCCCAGCCACCCGCCGCGCGCCGUCCCAGGGUGGACAGUGUACGGCCUCGCGAGCCUCCUCAUCCUCACCGUGACGGCCGUUCUAGCCAAGGUCCUGCUGCACGUCACCUUCAAGGCCCAGCACGUGGCUGCUCCCGGGGAGCUGAGGGACCGCCGCCAGCCCGCGCCUCCGGGGGAGAUCUGGAGCAUCUUCUACAAGCCCACCACCUCCGUCUCCAUCUUCAAGAAGAAGCUUAAGAGCCAGAGCCAGCAGGAUGACCGCAACCCCCUGGUGGGGGACUAAGGAGGCUCCGGGGCCCGUCUCGUCCUUGGCCCCGGGCCUCCCCCGGCCUGUGGCGGGCAGCAGGCCUGGGGCUCGUCCCCCUGGUUAUUUCCCGCCCUCCUCACUCACAGCUGCACCCACACUCGAGGGCUGGGGCCCCACCAUUAACCUGCUCGGGGAAGGGCCUCCCCACUGUCUCAGCGGCCCAAGGGGAGCCGUGGGGGGCCCUCCGCGGCCCAGGGGCCGAGCCUGUGCCCAGGCCCGAGGACCGCUCCUUCCCCCGGGCCGGGAGUGGGCGGCCCAGGUGGUCCUGGCGCCGAGAGACCCCGGACAGGCCCAGCCUGGUGAAGGCCCCCGGGAUUCCUGCCCCGGUUCUCAAGGGCUCACACCCCCCCCCCCACAGAUGUCCCACCCCUUCCCCCUCGGGCCAAAAGGGGCGUCCGGAGCAGUGACCGGCACAGGCCCCAGGCUGGGAGGCGCACUUUUUGCUCAGGGCUGUCGCUAUUCUCGAGGCUCCAAGGCCAUUGGAGAGCGUCCCUGCGUCCCCGGCAGCUGAGAGCCUCCCGCCUCCCCGGAGUCCCGAGGGUGACCGGCCGCUGCCGGCCGUCUGGGGAGGGGCGUCUCUGCUCAGCCCCUCCUGGCCAUGGCGUUCGGAGCGCAUACCUCCCAGAGCCCCCGGGCCGCUCCCCGGCCUGUGGCGGGAGGCAGGAACAGCUGGGCUCGUCUGCCGUGGGGCGGUGCCCGUAACCCGAGUCGGGGGCUCAGGGGAGAGGAAGGGCUGCGGGCGCAGGGGCCGGACGCCUCACCCGCCGGGGGCCGCGGCUUUGCUGUAGGGGCGCGUCUCGGUCUGGUCCUGGGGCCCAGCACAGACGGGCAGGAGCAGAGGCCCCCGGGGAGUGCGGCCUGCCGAGCAGGGCCCCCCCAGCCCACCCCCAGGCUAUUCUUGGUGCUCCCGGGAUGGCCCCGAAACACUGGGGCAGGUGUGGGCCGCCGGCCCAGGCCGAGAAUAGCCCCACUUAGCCGGGGCCUUCACCUCGGCCAGGGUCUCAUCCCGGGAGCAGCUGCCAAGCUGGCCCUGAGGAAAACUCCCCCAGCCCCGUCACCCCCGCACGGGCCCAGGGCAUGAGGCUCGGGGGUGGGGGCAGCUUCGACCUCCUGCCAGCCCCUCUCUCCCCCCAAACCAAAUACACAACUGGGGUAGGGGGUCCUGGAAGCCCGGCUCCGGGAGCUCAGCCUUUUCAAGAACUGCUUCCACAGGAAGGACGGGGCCCGAACACAAACCAAAAGCCUUAAAAUCCCUUCCCUGGUGCCUUCUCAGGAAGGACGGGGUGGGCGAACCGCCCCCAAUGAUGUCUGCCUCAGUGCCCCCAGCCCCCCGGGGGGCGUCCCUGGGCCUAGCGCCCCCUCCCCCCCAAGCCCGUUCCCCUGGGAGUGGGGCGAGGCUGCCCUGGACAUUUUGAGAUGGUUCAGAACCUCGCUGAGAAAUUCUCCCGGGAUAAGGGGCACGUACAGGCAGUUAAUCCCAGUGGGGGCGGGCCUGAGGCAGCGGGUCCCCAGGCCCAGGAAGGGGGCUUAGGACAGGCUUGGGAGAGAGAACAGGGGCCCCCCUGCUCAGAGCCAGUGUUCCUGCGGCUGUGGGAGACGUCCACGGCCCCGCCAGGCCCCACACUCGCGUGGCCCUAGACUCUUCCCCUCGGGGCCUUCCCAGCUCUAAGCCCCCAUUCGCCCAAUGGUCAGUGUCCCUCUGGGGGCUGCAGGGGCGGGAUGUCUGCACUUCAUCAGACAGCAUCAGACAGGCAGCUUUGGCCUCCGAGUCUCCAGCUCCCAGGCAGGUGCUCCCCCACGUCGGAGACCCCUCCCCACGUUGCCAAGCCCCCGGUGUGUCAGCCCGGCCCGUACACGCACACGCACAUGUGUCCUUGGCAUCCACUUGGGGUCCGGUCAGGCCGUUUCCUCCGGGGUUUCUCAGCUUUCCUGAUCCCGCUGGGACUCGGCGGGCCCCUGACAGCUCGUCCCCCGCCGCCCUGGCUCCCUUCCCCCUCCUCGCCGUCAGCCUUUGGCAGGACUCUCGGCAGAGCUCACUUCUGGUCUAAUUCCCAAGCUUCCCGACCCGUUAGCCCCCCUCCCCUCCCCCUGUGGAGCCCAGGCCUGUUUCCCAUCCACGUCCCCUCUAGGACCCCCCCGGACCCUCCACCCGUCGAGCAGUGGCCGGAGACCCGGGAGAGAAGAAUUGGACGUUGUUUUCUGGCUGAAACGGGGCCCCCUCCCAAAGAGGGGGGCGCACGUGGGGGCGGGGGGGCUCCGAGUCUCCUGCGUCUGGGUCUCGCCUCUGGAAGAUGGAGCUCGGUUUGUAAAUACGCUCUUAACGUGCAACUUCGGGGGGAGAUGGGAACAGCGGGGCCGAAGGCGGGGCCGCCACGUGACACUGUCUACGAUUUAAUAUAUAUUUUUAGGAAGUUUGUUAUUUAAGAAAAUGCCGCGCGCUUGUGCUUAACCGGACGGAAAGAGAUGUUAUUUUACUGUCUGGAGAAAAUAAAUGUUCUCAUCGGUGUAAA